AUGCAUGAUCUAGUUCAGGUCCCGGUGGAUGGUCCUGUUGGUGGUAAGUGGAAGUCGAAGUGGUUCCUUAAUGGUGGUAUACACGCAGAGGGAUUGUUGGUGCGUGGACGAGAAAUGAAGAUUAGGGAUCUGGAGGUGCAAACUUACUUGUUUGUGUUGUUGGGAUCCACACUUUUUGUGGAUAAGAGUCGCGAUCGCCUCCGUCCUGCGAUCAAUGUAUUUUUGAAGGACCAGCGACGAGUGGCCGGUUACGCCUGGGGAGCUGCUGCACUCGCCUAUCUCUACAAACAGCUAGGGAUGGCCACACGAGUGGGGAGUAAGAGUAUUUGUGGUUGUUUGACUCUGCUUCAGGCUUGGAUAUAUGAGUACUUUCCACUCUUCCGUCCGAGCCAGAUUCUCCAUGCUCCAUAUGCUCCUCGUGCUUCCUCGUGGGUGUGUCACCGCUUUGUAGGUGGUGAUGAUGCUAGACAGCGCUUGGUACGGUAUCGACAAAUGUUGGAUGAGAUGUCAGGGGAGGAUGUGUCUUGGACUCCUUACGGGCGAGAUGCUGGCACGGAGGUACUACGCUCUUUGUAUACUGGUGUCAUUCGCUUUGCUGACGUUGCUGAGGGUUAUGAUCCUGCACGGUGUCGCCGACAGUUUGGGUACCGACAGACUAUCCCCCGUACGAUGAUGGUUCCCAAGGAUGUGUACCGCCCAGCUUCUUGUAGCACCUACAUCGUUUUCUGGGAGGGUAGCAUGGAUCAGUUAUGGGGCAACUUGCCGUCUCAUUUUCUACACAUAGCGAUUGAUUCUGACUUGUGCGAGUAUCCAUCUGAGGCCGAUGAGGAUUACAUGGAUUGGUAUCAGACUCGAUCGCACCCACGGAUCAUCAAUCCGGACUCUGGUGGAGUGUCUCUAUAG